AUGUUAAAGAUGAGAAACCAUACAGCAAUAACUACCUUUAUUCUACUGGGACUGACAGAUGACCCCCAACUGAAAAUCCUACUUUUUAUGUUUCUGUUUCUCACCUACGUUCUGAGUGUAACAGGGAAUCUGACUAUUAUCAUCCUUACAUUGGUGGACUCACAUCUUAAAACUCCUAUGUAUUUUUUCCUUAGAAAUUUCUCCUUCUUAGAAGUCUCAUUUACCACAGUAUGCAUUCCUAGAUUCUUGUACAGUAUAUCAACUGGCGAUAAGACCGUAUCUUACAAUGCGUGUGCAACUCAAAUAUUUUUUGUUAUUCUCUUUGCAGCAACAGAAUUUUUUCUCCUGGCAGCCAUGUCCUAUGAUCGCUAUGUUGCUAUCUGUAAGCCCCUUCACUACAUGACUAUUAUGAGUAAUAGGGUGUGUACCAUAUUAGUUCUUUCUUGUUGGGUGUCUGGCUUGAUGAUCAUUCUCCCACCUCUUAGCAUGGGUCUCCAGCUUGAAUUCUGUGACUCUAAUGCCAUUGAUCAUUUCAGCUGUGAUGCAAGCCCCCUCUUAAAGAUCUCAUGUUCAGAUACAUGGGUAAUAGAACAAAUGGUUAUCUUUAUGGCUGUAUUUGGACUCAUUAUCACCCUCGUUUGUGUAGUUCUAUCAUACACGUACAUCAUCAAGACAAUUCUGAGAUUCCCUUCUGUUCAGCAAAGAAAAAAAGCCUUUUCUACCUGUUCAUCCCACAUGAUUGUGGUUUCCAUCACCUAUGGAAGCUGCAUCUUCAUCUACAUCAAGCCCUCUGCAAAGGAAGAGGUGGCCAUAAACAAAGGGGUUUCAGUGCUCACUACUUCCGUUGCACCCUUGCUGAACCCCUUCAUUUACACCCUAAGGAAUAAACAAGUGAAACAAGCUUUCAAGGACUCUAUAAAAAGAAUUACAUUUCUCUCAAAAAAAUCAAAUGUUUGA